AUGACAAUCCAUAGCCGAAACUUUUACUUCCAGGAAGAUGCCUCCUGCUCUUCCACCGUAACCGCAGAGCCACAGAAAAGAAGGAAACGCAAAAUCUCUUUUCGGCCUCAGCAAGAUCAGGUUUUCACAAUUCCACACAUUGACGACCUUUCUGAAGCUGAAGUGGCGGAUGUCUGGUAUGGGCGCACAGACUAUGAUACUAUGAAGCACAGCUUCAUUCCCAUCAUUCGUAAAAUGACGAAAGGAGAAAAAGUAGAUGAAACAAACCGAGAGACCAUCAGAGGCUUGGAAUUUAGGACUCGCCAAGGUGCUAUCCGCCGGCAACACAACAAGUUAGAGGCGAUUUCAGCCGUCCUCGAUGAGCAAGAGCUUCAGCACAAUAUGGGAAUGAGAGAUGAUGAAAAAUUACGGAAAGUUUAUUUGUCCUGCUCUCUUCAUUGCAGCGAUGCAGCUUACCAAUUGGGAAUUCAAGAUGAAAACUACAUCAUCGAAAUGUUGCGCACCGACGACAGAAGCACUGCUGAACUUUCCAGCCUACAAUUGACCGCCAAAAAGAAGCGAGGGGUCAAAAUUCGCACUCGGUCGCUUGUUGAAGAUCUAAAGAACCUUGCUCUAUCGCGAAGAGCUUGUAACGCUUGGAAGUACGGAUCGGGUCGACGAGCACAAUUUUACGACGAACUUCAGUACCUAGAGCCCAUAACUUUCUUUUACAUUUUUUUCCUUUCCGGAUUAUGCCUACUUUAG